CUUCCAUAAACUCCCUUGGUCUUUCUCCUCCUCUCUCUCUCUAGAACCUCUCAGGAUUCGCUCCGACAUUGCAUGGUCUUAGCCAGUCCAGAGGCGGGCGGAAGAGAAACGAGAGAGCUCCGGUCGUCGCGCGGCGGGUGUUUUUGUCGGGAGAUGACGAUGAGCGGCAACGGCGUGGGCCAGUUCGGAGACACCACCCUGACCAAGGUGUUCGUGGGCGGCCUGGCGUGGGAGACUCCGAAGGAGGCCAUGCGCGAGCACUUCGAGAAGUACGGCGAGAUCCUGGAGGCCGUCAUCAUCCUCGACAAGGUCACCGGCAGAUCCAAGGGCUACGGCUUCGUGACGUUCAAGGAUCCUGAAGCUGCUAAGAAGGCUUGCGAGGAGGCGACGCCGGUCAUCAACGGCCGCCGCGCCAACUGCAACCUGGCUUCGCUCGGCGCUCGCCGCCCCAAGUCCACGGCCGCCGCCGCCACUCCUCCUCCUCCUCCUCCUCCUCCUCCUCCCCCUACUAUCCCGCAGCAAGGAUCGAACAUUGUUGGACCAAGGUCGAUGGCAUCCACACCAGCAAAUCAUCAAAUGCAGUGGUAUUAUCCUGCGGGGACACCAGCUUUGCCCUACCAUCACCAGCACCAUCAGGCCGUUCCUUUCUACGGGUACUCCCCAGCCUACAUCGCCACUGACAUGAACUACAACCACAAAGUAAGCUACACCGGAGGGGCCUACGUGAACGCGCACUACUCACAAAUGUAUCCGAGCCAGGCUAUGAUGCCGAUGUACCCGCUCUAUCCCCACUACCCUCACCACCAUCAGUCCCACACAGUGGGCCUCCCGGCGCACGUCUUCCAGCCAGCAUCGGCCGGGCCCAUGACCGCGGUCCCGGCCCUCAUGUCCAAGCCUGCCUCCAUCGCUGCUCCCAACACAGUGUGCUUGGCUGUGGAAUAGGUACAGUGGGUGCAGGUGGUGACGGCUUUAAAAAGGGUGGCUAGGUGGCAAAAAUAAAACAUUUAACCCAGAAGAAACAGGGAAGAGGAGGGAGGAUGACUGCUCAGAACAACAUUAUUAUCUGAUCUGGGGCGGCUACUUCUUUUCCAAUUCUUUUCUUUUUUGUUGAUUCUUCAAUUUUUUUAGGGGGGUCUGAUAAGAUUCUUUUAUUCUCUCUCUCUCUCUAUCUCUGUCUAUCUCUGUCUAUCUCUCUAGCUAACAUGCAUAUGAGCUGUGAACCAAUUAAAAAAAGGAGCAAAAAGACCAUGUAAGAGGAAGCAUGUGUAUUGGGUUCACCCAUAACUUAUGGGUCUUGCACUGAUGGCUUCAUUGAACUUUCUCUGCAUAAAGCUGAAAUCUUUAAAUAAUUA